AUGAGCCUACACGAGGGACUCAAGAUCGCUCAAAGCGACGAUAGAGGCCGGCACGUCGUGGCGACGACGGACAUCGCGCGAGGCGAGCUUCUGCUGUCCGAGGAGUGCACCGUGGCGAUGACGUAUCGCGACUUAGAAUCCCCUUACUGUAGCCAAUGCGUCAAGCCCAUGGUAGACGAGACGCCCGUAGAGUGCGAAGGUUGUUUCCUCGAACGUUACUGCUCGAAAUCGUGCGCGGAGGCUGCGGAGGGAUCGCACCACGCGCGCACGGGCGAGUGCGCCACGUUCGCGACCGCUGUAGACGCGGAGGCGGCUACGCUCAUCGAAGGCACCGAUCACUCCGAGUUCGAGUUCGACGACGCGCCGCAGAGGUUCAUCAUCAGGGUGUUGUGUCAGGCGGGCGGGUGGCGCGAAAGAGGCGGCGGGAUAACCGGCGAGGCCACGCUCCGGAGGCUCCUGAAACUCCAAUCGCACGAGCCGGAGGUGGACUCGGACGAGCGCGAGUGGCUCUCGGGUAUCGCGCGAAACACGCUGCGCCUGAUGGAGCAGGACGUGGACGAAGGCGUGAAAGUGUUCGGGGAGAAGGACGCCCCGGGGUACGGCGUUGAAGAGCUCGUGCGGUUGAUGUGUUGCGUGCGGUGCAACUCGCACACGCUGUACGCGAGCGAGGAGUGGCCGUCCGAACCGGUCGGGACCGCGGUGUACUUGAAAGGCUCCGCGUUCAACCACUCGUGCUUGCCCUCGGCGGAGUUUUACAACGAAGGGACGUCUCUGCGCGUCAGGAGCGUCAGAGACAUUAGCGCCGGGGAGGAGGUCACGAUCAGUUACGUCCCCGUGACCGAGACGCUUUGGGACCGGAGGCAAGCGCUGUGGCGGCAGUAUAAGUUCGACUGCGAGUGCGACCGAUGA